UUCAGGUUCGAUUGCAAAUAAUUGGUUGGGUCGGAAAGGCACAGCAGCAGCAGCAAACUAAAGGAUAUUUACACAUGUCCUCGAAAGGCAAACUUUAAUCAAUCAACUUUUAUUUUGGGGAGUUGCUCAACAAAUCAAACAACAACCCUGUUGGCUACAAUUGUCCCAAGAAAAUAGAAACAAAAACAUCAAAUCUCCAUUCUAUGCUUUACAUCAAUUAAAAGUUCGCAAAUAAUUUCCUUGUUCGGUAAGCAAUAAUGACGGUUAAUGAAACAGCACCGCAUUAUUGCGGCGAAGAGUUAAAUAACUUUCACACAAGCUACAAAAAUGUCCAUGGCUAUAUGUCGUUGAUUGUCUGCAUAUUGGGCACCACAGCCAACACCCUCAACAUCAUUGUGCUAUCACGGCGAGAGAUGCGAUCGCCCACAAAUGCCAUACUCACCGGGCUGGCUGUGGCCGAUUUGGCCGUAAUGCUCGAGUACAUACCGUACACGAUGCACGAGUUCAUACUCUGGGAGCACUUGUCGCACGAACAAAAACUUAGCUAUUCCUGGGCCUGUUUCAUAAAGUUCCACUCCAUAUUUACGCAAGUGUUGCACACCAUAUCCAUAUGGCUGACCGUGACAUUGGCCGUGUGGCGAUACAUAGCAGUCGGCUAUCCCCAAAAAAAUCGUCAAUGGUGUGGCAUGAGGACGACCAUCAUAACGAUAACGUCGGCGUAUGUCGUGUGUGUGCUGGUCGUAUCGCCCUCCAUGUAUUUGGUAACCUCCAUAGUUGAGUUUCGAGACACCAUAAAUGCCAAAGGCAAGGUUAUAAGUUAUGCACCCCUAACACAGUACGUGAUUGAUUACCAUCAAAUGGAUGCAUCGUCGUCGUCGUCGUCAUCUCUGAAAAAACCAGAUGAUGCAGCUAGCUUGGAAACUGGUCAGUCGUACCAACAACAAGACAUGCAAUUUAACAAUAGUUCGGCUGCCGACAUUCUUCUGAAUAUGAUGAAUUCAUCCUAUUUGGCAACAACAGAUGCAACCAGUACCACAACAACAAUGACGACGACGACAACAACAACACCCUACAACAUUACCGGCACACCAGUCGUAAAUGAUGGCUCUCGUGACGUAAUUGCCUAUCGUCUGUACCACAGUGAGCUGGCAUUACAUAACAAAUCGCUGCAGUACACAACGUUUCUCAUCUACAGCGUUCUCAUAAAACUGAUACCCAGCAUUGCCCUCACCAUACUCUCGAUACGACUGAUUAUGGCCCUACUGGAGGCCAAAAGACGUCGCAAAAUGCUUACGAGCAAUGCUGCCAAUGGCAUGAAGCCCAUAAUCAAUGGCAAGUUGGCUGGAGGUGAGGCCUCGCAACCGACUCCGACGCAGCCGAAACCACGUAAAAAUAGCAAAACACUGGAAAAGGAAAAACAGACAGAUCGAACGACACGCAUGCUGUUGGCUGUGCUAUUACUUUUUCUAAUUACCGAAUUUCCACAGGGCAUAUUGGGUCUGCUGAACACCAUACUGGGCAAUGACUUCUAUCUGCAGUGCUAUUUGAAGCUGAGUGACAUCAUGGACAUUAUGGCACUCAUCAACUCCAGCAUAAACUUCAUUCUUUACUGUUCCAUGAGUCGACAAUUUCGUACAACAUUCACGCUACUCUUUCGUCCUAAAUUUCUCGACAGAUGGCUGCCAGUCGCCCAAGAUGAGGAGACAAUGGCUAGCAACAAUCGGCCAGGUCGCCAGGGCAAUCGUGGCGGUCAAGGACCCGCAACGAAUGGUAUUCGACGUGAUGAAGUUAGCAAAAGUUGUGUGAUAGAACAAAAUCAAAUGACAACAACACAGGUGACAAAUGUGUAGC